UAACGGUAUGCCCGCACUUGCUGGGGUGCGGAUGGGCGCUCAUAUGGUGUGAUCGCGGUGGGCAAGGAAGUGGCCGUAUUUACCAUACGUUAGGCAAGUACACCAUGAGCCUGAUAACUUUCAGAUUUACGGUGCGGGCACUUCUGAAGAAAAAGGUUUCUCCACGAAAACUGCGAUGGGAACAAGUGGCGUCCAGCUGCGAGGUGCAAAAGCGGUCGGCGGGCCACUUCACGUUUGUACCUGACACACCGUCCUCGUCAGAUGGCGAAACGGCACGGUUGAACCUCUACCAAGCCAUCACUAACGCCUUGGACCUAACGUUGUCCAGUGAUCCGACUGCCGUGGUCUUUGGGGAAGACGUGGCAUUUGGUGGUGUAUUUCGAUGCACGGUCGGCCUACAAGACAAGUAUGGUAAACACCGCGUGUUCAACACGCCGCUGUGUGAACAAGGCAUCGCAGGUUUCGGUAUUGGGAUGGCUGUCGCCGGCGCCACAGCUGUCGCCGAGAUGCAGUUCGCGGACUAUAUCUACCCCGCCUUCGAUCAGCUCGUCAACGAGGCGGCCAAGUACCGCUAUCGGUCUGGAGGUCUCUUCAACUGCGGCGGCCUGACGGUGCGAGCACCAUGCGGUGCAGUCGGCCACGGCGCCUUGUAUCACUCACAGAGCCCCGAGGCAUUCUUCGCCCAUGUGCCGGGGCUGAGGAUUGUUAUGCCGCGUGGUCCUAUCCAGGCCAAGGGUCUUCUGAGGGCUUGUGUCCAGAACCAAGACCCUUGCAUCUUUUUCGAGCCCAAAAUCCUGUACCGUUUGGCUGUGGAGCAAGUUCCCGUGAAGGACUACUCCCUCCCACUUGACAAGGCGCAAGUCUUACAAGAAGGCGAUGACAUUACCCUCCUUGGCUGGGGCACACAGGUGCACGUGCUGCGGGAAGUGGCUCAGAUGGUUCAAGACAAGCUGAAUGCGUCCUGUGAGCUCAUCGACCUUUGCACACUGAUGCCAUGGGACAAGGAAACUGUGGCCAACUCUGUGCGGAAGACUGGGAGGCUUCUGGUUGCCCACGAGGCACCUCUUACAGGAGGACUCGGAGCUGAGAUUGCUGCCUCAAUCCAGGAGGAGUGCUUCCUGAGCCUUGAAGCUCCAGUACAGAGGGUAACUGGGUUCGACACUCCAUUCCCACAUAUCUUCGAGCCGUUCUACCUGCCAGACAAGUGGCGAUGCUUUGAUGCCAUCAAGAAAAUGAUGAACUAUUAAUUUCUAGCAAGUGAAAACUGUAAAUUCAGCGAAUACCAGCAUCGAGACAGCUGUGUUGGUGCAAGACAAGUUCAGAAAAAUAAAGAGGCUAUGGUAUAGGUUCGAAUAAUGUUGAACAAUAAACAGUCAUUAUGGGCCCAAGGUAAAACAGCAUGCUAACUUAGAAAUAAUAAUUGCAGUCAGUGUUGUAAUGCUGUUCAGGAGUCAAGUGUAUUUUAUAGUUAAGCCGAUUGCAAUGUCUGAUGCAUAUUUUUUUUGUCAAGAUCCUACAUUUGUACUGUUGAGAUAUUAACGGAUUCAAACUUCGAUUCUGCUUGAAAAUUCUGAUGAGGAUUCAACAAAAUAUAUUAAAUCACAGAUCCUAUCACUUGCACAACACUUCUGAAUUUUCAGUGCCACAAUAUAUUUUGAGCCAAAUGACAGGUCAUAAAAUAUUAAUAAAGACCAAAAAUUUUCUGGUUUGUGUACUUUUCUGCAA